AGUGCUCUUAACAUCUGAGCCAUCUCUCCAGCCCCAUGGAAUUUCCCAUGAACGUGGUACAGACCUCAAUGAACCUCUGUCUAAUGAAGAUGGAAAUCUCCUCUCUGUGGCCUACAAGAAUGUAGUUGGUGUCAGGCGAUCUUCUUGGAGGUUCAUUAGUACCUUUGAGCAGAAAACCAUGGCAGAUGGAAAUGAAAAGUAACUGGAGAAAGUUCAAUCUUACCGGGAGAUGAUUGAGAAGGAGCUGGAGACAGUUUGCAAUGAUAUCUUGGCUCUGCUUGACAAGUACCUCGUCAAGAACUGCAAUGAUUUUCAGUAUGAGAGCAAGGUGUUCUACCUGUGAAUGAAGGGUGAUUACUACCGCUAUUUGGCAGAGGUGUCUUCUGGAGAGAAGAAAAGCAGUGUGGUAGAAGCUUUUGAAGCUGCAUAUAAGGAAGCCUUCGAAAUCAGCAAGGAGCACAUGCAGCCAACACACCCCAUUCAGCCUCGCCUGGCUCUCAGUUUUUCUGUGUUCUACUGUGAAAUCCAGAAUGCACUAGAGCAGGCCGGCCUCUUUGCCAAACAAGACAUUGGUGAUGUCAUAGCUGAGAUGGACUCAUUAAAUGAGGACUCAUAUAAGGACUCCACCCUCAUCAUGCAGUUGCUGCAAGACAACCUCACUCUCUGGAUGAGCGACCAGCAGGAUGAAGAAGCAGGAGGAGGCAACUGA